AUAUCACUGUGCUAAGGAUAAAUUCAACAUUCAAUACUCUUAAACUCCCCAGCCUCACCCUCCCAUUUCUUUAUUAUUUUUUAAAUUAAUUUCAGUUACCCUACUGAAUUCACAGCCAACAAAAGAAGACCCUUUUUUAUAUCUUCUCCAGAGGAAAGAUUUGAUUUUUCAUCUUGUUUCUUGAUAUGCUCUCCUACCCAAUUUUAAAAUUUAACACUUAGACUAAAAUGGUACUCGCCAUUUUGAUUCUUUAGCAGUUUCAGUGUUGUUUGAUGUGGAAAUUAAGUGGGGUUACUGUUUAAGUGAUUAAGGCUGUGUUUGUGUUGUAAUUUGGUCAAAUCUGGAGUUAAUUUGGGGGGUAAUUGUUGUUUUGUUGUUUCUUGAUUGUAAAGCUCUAAUUUUGUGAAACAAAUUAAGUGGGGUUAGUUUUAGGUUGUUAAGGCCGUGUUUGGGGGAUUUUGUUAAGGCUGUGUUUGGGGGAUUUUGAUAGGUUGUUUUUGGAUUUGAUUUGAUGGGUAAUUGUUGUAGAUCUCCAGCUGCUGUUGCUAGGGAAGAUGUGAAAUCUUCAAAUUAUUCGGGUAAAGAUAGUGGCCGGAAGAAUAAGGCCAGUGUGGAGAAGAAGUUGAUAACUGUGUUGAAUGAAGUUUCAAAAGAGAAUAUUGAAGAUAAGUAUAUGGUUGAUAAGGAGUUGGGUAGGGGUGAAUUUGGUGUGACUUAUUUGUGUAUUGAUAAGAGUUCUAGGGAAAUGUUGGCUUGUAAAUCAAUUUCGAAGAGGAAGUUAAGGACUGAAGUGGAUGUGGAUGAUGUGAGGCGAGAGGUUCAGAUAAUGAAGCAUCUGCCACAGAAUUCGAGUAUUGUGACAUUGAGGGAGGCUUGUGAGGAUGAGUCUGCUGUACAUAUAGUAAUGGAGUUGUGUGAAGGUGGGGAAUUGUUUGACAGGAUUGUUGCAAGAGGGCAUUAUACUGAGCGAGCUGCCGCUGCGGUUGUGAGGACAAUUGUUGAGGUUGUGCAGCUUUGUCAUAAACAUGGAGUGAUUCACAGGGAUUUGAAGCCAGAGAACUUUUUGUUUGCGAAUAAGAAGGAGAAUUCGCCUCUGAAAGCUAUUGAUUUUGGCUUAUCAAUAUUCUUCAAGCCAGGUGAGAAGUUCUGUGAAAUUGUUGGAAGCCCAUAUUACAUGGCUCCGGAAGUCCUGAGGCGAAAUUAUGGACCAGAGAUAGAUAUAUGGAGUGCUGGAGUCAUCCUUUACAUUUUAUUAUGUGGAGUGCCCCCAUUCUGGGCUGAGUCUGAACAAGGGGUUGCACAGGCAAUUAUUCGGGGCCAAAUUGAUUUUAAACGUGAACCCUGGCCAAGUAUAUCAGAAAGUGCUAAGAGUCUUGUCCGCCAGAUGUUGGAGCCAGAUCCAAAGAUCCGCCUAACAGCCAAACAAGUGCUUGAGCAUCCCUGGAUCCUAAAUGCUAAAAAGGCUCCAAAUGUGCCUCUUGGAGAUGUUGUCAAGUCGAGAUUAAAGCAGUUUUCAAUGAUGAAUAGGUUCAAACGAAAGGCCUUGAGGGUCAUUGCUGAAUUUUUGUCCAAUGAAGAAGUCGGGGAUAUUAAGGAAUUAUUCACCAAAAUUGACACUGAUAAUGAUGGUAUUGUUUCGGUGGAAGAACUAAAAGCUGGUCUUCAAAAGUUUGGUUCCCAGCUUGCCGAGGCUGAUAUACAGUUACUUAUUGAAGCAGUGGAUAUUAAUGGGAAAGGCACUCUGGAUUAUGGGGAGUUCAUUGCCGUUUCCCUCCAUCUGCAAAGGAUGGCAAAUGACGAGCAUCUUCACAAAGCCUUUUCCUCCUUUGACAAAGAUGGUAAUGGAUAUAUUGAGCCCGAUGAGCUUCGUGAUGCAUUAAUGGAAGACGGAGAUGAUGAUUGUACAAAUAUCGCUAAUGACAUCUUCCAAGAAGUUGAUACUGACAAGGAUGGAAAGAUCAAUUAUGAAGAGUUUGCAGCCAUGAUGAAAACAGGAACAGAUUGGCGAAAGGCCUCUCGACAGUACUCAAGAGGGAGAUUCAACAGUCUAAGUGUCAAGUUGUUAAAAAAUGCCUCUGUUAACUUGGGAAGUGAGUGAAGUUAUAAGCUACUACUUACACGCACACGUGAAAGCAUUUUAAUUAUCACUACAGGCACUCGAAUCCAUUGAUUUGUUGCUUGUCUAAGUUUGUGAUUAUUUCAGGGGUUUCAUAUAUUUAUUAGAUUCGAUCCCUUUUGAUGUUAGCUUACAAGGAUAAACCAAGUUCAGGUGAGUGUAUAUGGUUGCGUAAUUAAACUCUUUAUAUGUUGAAGGCAGCCUUCUUCUAGCUAUGAUUCUGUAGGAUUCUCUCUUUCUACUUGACACUGUGGAAUUAGUGUUGCAUCUGUGUAAUCAUGGCGACAUGAAAACCGAAAAUCAGUAAAAAGAGGUGAUCACGUUUGUGUAAAUUCUUUGCUUA